UUUUUAUGACACUUAUUCAAGUUCGUGUUUGGUUUUUCGCACUGGGAAUCACAUUUCUGACACUAUAAAACAGCAACAAAUGGACUUUUCAUCAGUCACUCGUUGAGAAGAUUUCAACAAUUCAAAAUGCAAAAAAUCGUAAUCAUCGCCAUGUUGGCACUUGCUUCAGCCGCCCCUAAAGAUCCUCUACCAAAACCGGAGGAUCGUCAAAGAGAAACGAAAUGGCACUUUGAGGACCCGGGAGUCCUCAAUCUGCAACACCGUGAAAAAGUCUUCGAGAAUGGCAACCACCGAGUUGAUGCAACUGGAAAAUUCGAGAAAAAUUUCGUCAACAGAGAUGCCCCAACUGUGCUUGGAGGAAGAGUAGAUUAUCAAAAUAAGCCCAGUAAUACUGCUUUGGGGGUAGAAGCACUCAAUGCGGGCCGUUUUGGCACUCAAGUUGGGGUUGAAGCAACACGAAAUCUUUUCAAAGACAGAAACAGUGCCUUGGAUGUUGGGGUUAACUAUGGGCAGCGGUUUGGGGGACUUGGGGGAAGGAGCGAACCCGUGUUUGGGGGAUUCAUUAGAGGAAAAUUUUAAUAAAAAAUGUUCACUUAAUAUUAAUAAAAUAAGAAACGUAUUUUUAA